AUAAAAGAAUGACACAACCGAGCUACUAUGUCAGCAAAUAUGCCGGAGAAUUCUGCAAGCUGGUGGUGGAGGGCGACUUCAGCAAGGUCAAGUCGAAGUUUAAGGAGUUUGUGCUGGACUACCAAACGCCGGAAGAUCUCAAUACACCGCUCCAUCUGUCGAUCAUAGCGCAGCAAAAUCGGAAUGAAAUCAUCCAGUUUUUGGUGGAAUCCGGUGCGGACUGUGAUCUGCGCAACUCGAUGAACCUGACCGCAUCAGAGUUGGCGAUCAAUCUGAACUUUAUCGACGUGACAAAGUUCAUGCUGGCGGUGGAGUUUCGCAACCUGACGGAUUAUCGGUGCUUCUAUCGGUUGAUACGGCGUGGAUCGGUACCGUUGCUGCAGCUGUUCCUGGAGCUGAAAUCGUUCGACAUACAUCAGCAGAUCGGAUAUGUGUCGAGCGUGUGGCACGAGCUGUACGUGAAGAAUGUACCGCUGACGAAGAGUAUGGAGAAUUUUUUGGAGUAUCAGCUGCUAAACUAUAGCUACGCCUACCACCAUCCUCCGGCACAUCGGCCCGAUCGGCCCAAGUUUGAUAAGGAGCUGGAGCAGCGGAUUGAGCUGAUUGUGGAGUAUACACGCUACCUGACCAAGCACUACGGUGCGACGGACAAUCUGAACGACUACGACGACAAGUUCCUGCUGGCAAUCAAGAUCGUGUACGACAAUCUGUUCUUUGUGCGGGAAAAGCGUGAGCUGGUCGCAUCGGUCCCUGUGGACGAAAUCUGUCGGCUAUUGGCGGUGUUUUUGGCCAUCUUUAAGAAGGCACCGCACUACGAGGUGUACAAGCUGAUACUGAACAAGCGCACCGUGCUGCAGUUUUUGUCCGCCGUUAGCGAUGAACUGGAACGGAUCAAGUGCGAUAUUGGGGAGAACCGUCAGUCGUCGAGGUGGUCGAACGAGUUACUGCUGUAUCUGAUUUGCUGCAUACGGGAUGCGGCACCGGCCAAAUCGACCAAGGCAAUCAGUGCGCUGUGGCGCAAAAAGUGUGUCCUCAAGAAGAAGCUUAUCUACUACGUGAAGGCACGGUUGAAAGCGAACCCGGAGCUAAACGCUAUCCAGGCACGGUACGUGAACAAUCUGUCCAAGUCGGAGCUGGAAGUGUUGCGGCACGAGCUGAGGGCGAAAGAGUUUGUGGAGCUAACGCGCACGACGGGUCGCAGGAAUCGGGUCACGUUUUGUCGGCUGCGCAAAACCUACGACCAUGUGAUGCAACUGUACUCGAUCAAGAAGAUUCUUCGCUAUCUGGACGGGAUAGCGCGGAUACAGCUUCCACAGUAUCAGGUCUCGGGUGUGUUGGCGAUCAAGCGUACGCUGCAGGUGAUUGCGGAAACGGUCUCUAAUACACGCUUUUCGCCGGCAAUUUCGCGAAAGUUAGACAGUGUGGUGCACAAGAUAUUGCCACUGAAUCUGGAUGUGGAUGUGCGAGAUUUUUAUCAACCGAACGUAUCGCUUUACAAGAUGUGCUCGGAUAAGCUGGAUAGUGGACGGUUACUACCGUUCGCGGAGGUGCAAUGUAGCCUGAAGUCGGUGCGGCGUUACUUUGCGUACGUGCACGAUCUGAAGAUGCUCGAAGCGUACAAAUGCUAUCUGGGGAAUGUGCAUCAGCUGAAGAACCAUCGGCAGGUGGCAAGCUACAAUCAGUAUGUGGGGGACGCGAAUCGGAUGUACUUUGAGAAUCACACGCUGGACGAUCUGUACUUCGAGCUGGAGGAUUGUAUUCGCGUUGUGGAGGAACUGCAGGAAACGUUCAGUCAGCAGCAGGACGAGAAGCUUUGCGAUCUGCUUCGCUGCGUGUAUGGACCGUUGGCACAGAGAUUCGAAUCCCUCACGAAGAGUGAUGAAGGUGGUGAGCGUGCUGCGCUGGCAUCGAUCAGUGCGAACUUUAACACGGUGAUGCAGCUAUGCGGGACGGAAAUCGAAAUGCCGAAGGUGCGUCGUAUCGUUGGGUCGUUUUUGGCCGAAAGCUACCCCAAGUACGAUAUCUGCAACGAUGAGCAGCUGUUGCUGUUGAAUCCCCUCCUGCAAGAAUUGCUGCAUCUGUUCACGAACUAUCUCUACCAGUACCAGAUGGAUGAGCGUGUGACGAAGAACUUUGUGACGAUGGUUGAGGUACUGCACGUGGGCCGAUACAUGGCGGUGGAUCAUUUUGUGCCCGAACGAACGAAACCCUUCGAUAGUUUGCUACAUCAGAACUACACCAACGAUAUACUGAAGAAGUUUAAUCUGCAGAAUCUAAGCUCGAUCGAGUUUGCCGUGUUGCAUGAACAGCUGUCACAGAGUUAUUACGAUAAUUGCUACAAUCUGGACAAGAAGUAUGCGGUGCUGACGAUGUUCUUCAAGUCAACGAACCGGCAGGUGAACGAUGCCAUUCUGAAGCGCAACAAGCGGAUGGAUCGGGAAGAGUUCCAAUCGUUUCUGGAUGCGAAAUUGAAGUUUAUUGGCCAGUUUUUACCGUGCAGUGAUUUCAACGAGGUGACGCAAUUCAUUAAUGAGGCAGCGCCGCACGUGGAGUAUGCGCUGGAACACUGUUUGAUGGAGUUGUGCGAGAUUCUAACCGAUCUGGGUGUGUUCCAGGACAAUCAGUACGUGUUAAAGUUGCAGUCGGCGAACGUGAGUGGUAGGAAUCUGCACGAAUAUCUCCGGCAGGAUGCGCUCGAGUGUGACAUGCUUACGCUAACGCACAGCACGAAGGUGAAGGUGUUUCUGAAUGGGUUGAUCUUCAAGAGCAACGAGUUUAAGCUGUACCAAUCGCCCAGCAACCAGAAAGCGAAUUCGGACGAACUGCUAUCGAUCAACGAGAAUCUGAUCAACAACUACAAGAUGCGCUGGAGUUGGGUGGAGCAGCAGGAGCGAUUGUUCAAGUCGGUGGAAACGAUCGAUUUGAAGUUGCUGCAGGCCCUGACACCAGACUAUGCGGAUAUUCGCGGUAUGCGGCUCGGUGUGCUGUACGAUGGUACACCGUCGACGGAGUACGAGAUCAUCGAUCACACGAUACGCAACAAUCUAAAGCAGAUGGUUGACUAUCUGUCCGAGGAAUUGCAGGCAAUUUCGUUCGAGAAGAAGCAAUUUUUCCAAUACGUACUGGUACGCAGCUCCAACUCACUGUUUAUCGAUGCACACUUCAGCCUGACGACGGUACAGGAACGGCAGGCCACGAUCCUCUUUAUGGCGCUCUACUUCCGCGCGUAUGACGUGUUUCUGGAGUGUGUUAAACGGUUCGAGCUGACGGUGAACUUGGGCAAGAUCAUCAAGUAUUUGAAUCUUGAGUUUAUCGAAAAGAUUGCGAAACAGAUGAAGGACAUUAGCUGGAACUGUCAGGAUGGGAAUGGGACGACCGUGUUGGAUCAAUGCGUGCAGAAGGGCGACCUGCCGGCGAUUAAAAAGCUGAUCAAGCUGGGAGUUGACAUUUGCUCCCAGACGGCUGACGGUACAUCGGCACUACAUCGUGCUUGUAGUUUGGGUCAUACGGAGAUUGCUAAGCUGCUCGUCAAGCAUCAGGUGCCACUAACCUCGCUAAGUGGAACUGAUCGCUUACCAUUGCAUUACGCUAUUCAGUAUCACGAGAAUGAGUUGCUGCCGUUGUUGUGGUGUGAAGAUAUCGAGGUGGAUUCGGACAAACAUCGACUGGUGAAGCGUGCUAUCAAGUACGGGAAUCUGGAAGCGCUAAAGUUCCUGGUUGAUACAAGGAAUGCAAAACUUUCGUUCGUUGAUCAGCGUCAGAAUACGGUCCUGCAUCUUUGUGCUAGCUAUGGACGAUUGAACAUGCUGCGGUAUCUGUUCGACAGUCAUCCGAGCACCAUUGAGGAAGAUAAUCUGCUGAAUCGUCGCAACUCCUGCUCGAAAACCGUUCUCCACAUUGCGGUUCAGAAACGUCAGACGGCAAUGGUUGCGUUUUUGCUCGAUCGUGGUGUUGAUCCUGGUGUGCUGGACGAUACGGGCCGCUCGGCGUACGAAUGGGCCAUUCAGGAGAAUAAUGUGCGUAUUAUGAAGGCGUUCGCAAAACAUCCUUCAACGAUGCGAUCGAUUGCUUCGGGUAAGUCCGGUGUAGCUUCACAUUCGCUAACGAUCGCGAUCGAGCAAAGGAAUGUAAGGAUGCUCAAGUUCUUGCUGCGGAAUGGGUGUAGUUUUGUCGGCGAAUCGCUCUGUCUGAUCAAGGCGGUAUAUACGAGAUCGUUGGAGUUGGUGCGGUUUGUUGUGGAGCUGUGUAAGCCGACACUUCAGUACCGUGAUCCGUACGACAGUACACCAUUGCAUGUCGCGAUCGCAAUCGAAUGCAACGAAAUUGCCGCGUAUUUGAUAGAAUCCGGUGUGGAAAUAAAUGCCGUGAGUAAGUUUGGAGAUACACCGUUGCAUGUAGCUGCCCGGCAUGGUAACAUCGUGGCCGCUCGUAUGCUUAUCCUGAAGUAUGCCACCAUCGACGAACGGAAUGCGUCCGGACUGACACCACUGAUGCAGGCGAUGUACUCGCGCAAUCUGGACAUUAUGAAGCUGCUGAUCGGUGCGGGCGCUAAUAUAGAUCUGCUGAAGGUACAUCUGGCAGAGAUUGAGCAGCUGGCCAAGCUGCCAACGAUUCACAUGUUUGUCGAUCACUAUGGACUGUUGGAGUUUAUGAUACUGCAGCUGCAGUACGAUCCGAAUGUGCGGGACGUCCGCAACCAGCAGAGCUUGCUGCAUAAGGCGUGCUACUCGAACAACUUGCAGAUCGUACAGUUUCUAGUCGACUGGUGCCGGCUGCAGACGGAGCAGCAGGAUGCGAACGGGCGCACACCGUUGGCGAUAGCGAACGAGUGCAAAAACUUCGAGGUGUCGGAGUUUUUGCGCAGCAAGAAGAGGAAAAAAUCUCAAAUUGCGCCACAGCGUUACUUCGAUCCGGCUGGUUUGAUGUAA